CCAUCAUGAUUUCUACGUAAGUGGGACGAGUUGUAUGUAUCCGAGCGUGUUUGCGUCUAUAUGCAAUGCAAGAAUACAUUGGUUGCAAGCAAAGACACUGCUGAGGCGAGAGAGGUAGAGAAGUUGGGUAGGUGAGAGCUAAUUUUGAAUUACUGUUUUGUGAUGCUGAGCACGGCGUCGUUAAAGAUGGCGGGAUUGAAAGACACCUUCUUCAUCUCCCACGGUUCGCCGACGCUGUCGAUCGACGAUUCUUUGCCGGCGAGGCACUUCCUCAAAGCUUUCCAGCAAAGGGUGUUCCCGGAGAAGCCCAACUCCAUAUUGGUGGUUUCGGCCCACUGGGAGACCAAAGAUCCCGCCGUCAACGCCGUCCACGGCCCUUCAGACACCAUUUAUGAUUUCUACAACUUCCCCAAGCUCAUGUACCAGCUCAAGUAUCCAGCACCAGGAGCACCAGAAUUGGCAAUUAAGGUGAAGAAACUGCUCGAGGAAGCUGGAUUUGAGCGAGUCUAUGAGGAUAAGAAGCAUGGUCUGGACCAUGGAGCAUGGGUUCCUCUUAUGCUUAUGUAUCCCGAUGCUGAUAUUCCUGUUUGCCAACUUUCUGUACAGACGGAGAUGGAUGCAACUUAUCAUUAUAACUUGGGAAGGGCAUUGGCACCCCUCAAGAAAGAAGGUGUCCUCAUAGUUGGUUCUGGUUCUGCCACCCAUAACUUAAGGACCAUGCAAGGGAUCAAUGAUUCUGUUGCUUCAUGGGCUGCCGAGUUUGAUAAUUGGCUGAAAGAAUCCCUCCUCAGUGGAAGGUUCGAAGAUGUGAACCAUUAUGAGGAGAAGGCACCAUUUGCCAAACUUGCACACCCCCGGCCCGAGCAUUUCUAUCCUUUACACGUAGCUAUGGGUGCGGCUGGCGUGAACCCAAAAGCUGAGCUCAUCCAUGAUAGCUGGACUAAUUACACUCUCUCUUACGCCUCCUAUAAGUUCACAGAAUCAACCUGAGUGGCGGCCUAGUGAACAAGUAUUGUUCCAGGGCAUGUUCCGUUAAUUGAAAUUAUAACGUUCUUGAUACUCUGAUUCCAGAAGCAGGAAAUUCUAAAGCUCAAAAAGACUUGUAAUCAUGACUGUAUCAAACCAUUUUUCCAUGUGUUUGUUUAAGAGAUGUUUGCACUUAUAAUGUAUCUGAAAGACUGUAGAGAAUUCCUGUUAAUCAGCUGUUGUAAUGACUCUCUUCAAAGUUCAGGGUGAGGCUUAAGUUUCCCUGUGCCAAAAUCUGUAUAUUUCUCUCA